GGCACCGCGGGGAGGGGCGGCGGCGGCGGCGGCCGGAGAGACGUCGGGAAGCGAGCGGAACCGCCAUGGCCGAGUUCCCGUCGAAAGUGAGCACGCGGACCAGCAGCCCCGCGCAGGGCGCCGGUGCCUCCGUCUCCGCGCUGCGCCCGGACCUGGGCUUCGUGCGCUCCAGCCUCGGUGCGCUCAUGCUGCUGCAGCUGGUGCUGGGGCUGCUGGUAUGGGCCCUGAUUGCCGACACCCCAUACCACUUGUACCCGGCCUACGGCUGGGUCAUGUUCGUGGCUGUCUUCCUCUGGCUGGUGACAAUCGUCUUCUUCAUCCUCUACCUGUUUCAGCUGCACAUGAAAAUGUACAUGGUGCCCUGGCCGCUGGUGUUAAUGAUAUUCAACGUGGGCGCCACUGUUCUCUACAUCACGGCCUUCAUCACCUGCUCUGCCGCUGUGGAGCUGACGUCCCUGAAGGGCACCCGGCCUUAUAACCAGCGUGCGGCCGCCUCUUUCUUUUCGUGUUUAGUGAUGAUUGCCUACGGAGUGAGCGCUUUCUUCAGCUUCCAGGCCUGGCGGGGAGUGGGCAGCAAUGCGGCCACCAGUCAGAUGGCUGGGAGCUACGCCUAGACCACGAGUGCCAUGGUCCCCUUGGGGCCUUUGGCUGCAGCUGGGUCCCAGCGUGGGGCGGCCCGCAAGCCCGAAGCCUGAGCCCUCUGUGGAGUCGGCCUAGAAGGGACUACGCUUGCUCUGCUCUGCUCGUCAGACUCCUAAGGAAUCAGGAUCAUUACUCUGGUUUGGCCCAAGUCAGCAUGCACAGGGGCUGGAAGGAGGCCAGUGGCUGGGACCGCCUGCCCAUCCUCCGUAUGUAGUGGAAGGCGACGGGGGAUACAGGCCUCUCAGUGUCUCUGCUUUGUCUUUAGAAGACCUCAGUGUCCCAGGCUGGGGCCCAGGCCUCUCAGCAACACUAAGUACACUAACAAGGACUCCAGACCUGCAGUCCCUGACCUUCUGUAGAAUAAGCCUAACAAGCCAUGUGUAUUUAUCUUAGUCUUUGUUCUGGGACCACAGAGCAAGUUUUUGAAACUGGUCUGGGUCCUUAAAACACAGGGGUUUUUUUAUUACUGUUUUGGGGGGUUUUUUGUAAAUAAGGCUUGAACUCACAACCCUGAGAU